UGGUGGAGGAAAAGAUCAAAGACAGGAAUGCCUUUGGAACUGAGUGACAUCCUGUGCAGCCCAGUAUGGAUCAUCUCCACAGUUGUCCUGGGGCUGGUAGUGCGAUCUCAACGGAGGGGCUCUUGGAACCCGCGCGCGUGUAAAGUGGAGCUGAAGGGGAAAACGGCCAUUGUCACCGGUGCCAAUACAGGCAUUGGAAAGUUCAUUGCCCUGGACUUUGCACGGCGGGGCGCACGUGUGAUCCUGGCGUGCCGGAGCGAGGCCCGUGGGAGCGAUGCCUUGCGCGAGAUCCGGGAGCUGAGCGGGAAUGCAGAUGUGCACCUACGCCUGGUGGACGUGUCCUCGUUGGAGUCCGUGCAGGAGUUUUCCGCCGCCAUCCUACAGGAGGAAAAAGAGAUCCAUAUCCUGGUGAAUAACGCAGGAGCCUCAGGUUUGCCAAAAGGCAUAACAGCAGAUGGGCUGGAGGUUUCCUUUGCAACCAAUCACGUGGGACCAUUCCUCCUCACCAACCUUCUACUGGACCGUAUUAAGAGCUCAGCUCCCGCUCGCAUCGUGAACGUGUCCUCUGUCAACCACUGGCGGGGGAAAGUGGACUUCUCUCAUUUCCACGGCAAAAACCUUGUUUACCGCAUGGACGAAGUGUACAACCACACCAAGCUGCACAACGUCCUGUGGACCAAUGAACUCGCCCGACGCCUCAAAGGCACAGACGUGACGGCAAACUCUCUGCACCCAGGGGUGGUGAUGACGGAAGUAAUGAGACACUACAGCUGGGUGGUGCGAUUCCUAUUCAACUUGGUUGGAUUUUUCUUCUUCAAG